AUUCAAAUCAGUAGGUGUACAUACAGUAAAGAUAUGCGAUAGUGGAGAUGGAUGCUGAUAACUUCGAAUUUUCUUUUAUGGAUUUUGAUUUGUUUGAAGUGGCUAGAAAUGGUUGCAUUUCAGUAUUGAAUAUAGCUCUGGACAACCUGGAUAUUUAUGAUUUCAGUGUAGACACUCAGGAUCGUAAUGGCAACAGUCUAUUACAUUAUGUGGCAUCGGCAGGUAACGUGGAAACAGCGAAAAAGCUGAUAUCCCUCGGCGCCUACACGAACAUCCUGAACGGAAAAGGAGCCUCCCCCCUCCACUCCGCCUGCGAGCACGGCCACCUAGAUCUGGCCAAGCUGCUGCUGGCGCACAACUCCAAACUCAACUCCGUCGACUUCCUCGGCGAAACUCCCCUGUUCAAGGCCGUGCGGGGAGGCAACAAACAGCUGACGAAGUUCCUCAUCUCUUGUCACGCCGUAGUUAAUAACGCUAAUAAGAUCGACGAGAGGUUGAUGCAUUUAGCUGUGGCGUACGAUGAUGAGGAGUUAGUUGAAGUUUUGUUGGGGGUUGGUCAAGAUCCGAACGUCGUAUCUGGAUGUGGUGAGACACCAAUACAGCUGGCCAUCAAGACCAGCAAUUCGUCAAUGCUCAAUCUCCUAAUCAAAGGCAAUGCCAAUACUCGCAUUCGGGACCAUAACAAUAGCACCCUCCUCCAUCUUGCUGUCAAACAAAUGGACCAAACCAUCUGUCAAACUCUCAUCUCUCAUGGUCUAGAAGUGAAUGCCAAAGACUGUGAAGGAUCCACUCCUCUGCAUUCAGCUGUGGAAGCAAACAGCGCAGCUAUGGUGAAGCUAUUGCUGGACAAUCAAGCGGAUAUAAAUCUGGCCGAUCACGAUGACUAUACUCCGUUGCAUCUGGCUGCGAGAAACUUCAAUGGAGUGGAAGUUCUCGAGCUGUUACUGAAGAAUAAAGCUAGAAGUGAUUUGAAAACGUACUGUGGGGAUUUACCUUUACAUAUUGCUGCAGCUGUGGGAAAUACCAGAGGUUUUAUCGCUCUGUAUAGCAAGAAAUACUUGAACUGUAUGAAUAAAAUGGGACUGACGGCUUGUCAGCUGGCUGAGCAAGAAGGGCACACUGUGAUAGUUCAAUUGAAUUACCGAUUGGACAAAAAUGAUAGUGUCAAUCACAAGAUACCUGUUUUGAAACAACUUCAUGGGAGUCGAAGAUCGAUAGCGAAAUGAAAUCGAUCUGGAUGAUUUUAAAUAAGCUCACAUGUCGAGUCUUGAUUGGAAAUGGAGAGGAAAAGCAGACAACUUAACUAAAACUUUUAAGCGUUUACUGAAACAUUCGGUGAGUUGGUGACUUUCUGAACUUUCAGUUCUAGUUCUUUUCUUUGGAACAAGUGAAUUGUAUAGUUCGUUCAGAAGAAAAUGAAUCAAUGCAAAACCACGGAAGCUACCUACUAUCUAAAAGGUUCAAGAGUUUUUUCGUACUAUGUAUUGCAGAUUCAGUAAAAUAAUUUUCAAAAUGUCGAAUUUAUCAUUAUUCUAGUAUGCAGGUCAUUUCCUAAUUCAUUAUUCGUUAUAAUUUAUAAUGUAUAAUUUAAUGUACCCACUACCUACUUUGAUAUUAUAAUAGAUUCAUGAAUCAUAACCA